UUAACCUUGAGUACUCCAACGGACGUGGCCACCGACGGCACACCGACGGGGUUUAUGGUUGAAACUUUUAUGAAUCCGCUGAACGUAAUGGACGAUCACUCUUCAUUCAGUUGCUGAACAACGGUUGCGUUUGGUUGCAGAUCGUUGAUUUCAUUACAAGCUUCGGUGGUGAAUCUUCUCGGAAAAAACAAUCUCUGCUGUCCGCUCGGCCGCUGUAGCAAAAAUAUGCGUUUCGGAAGAUUAAUUAGCGGUGUUGUGUUGCUGCUGGGAGUAACCGCGCGUGUGGCAGGUAGCCGGGAGGAACCGAAAACGUUUCCGGGAGCGUCACUGGUGCUGCCGGCCGUUCUGCCAAUUCUUGGCACGAUCAUACCCACCCUCAUACCGGGCAUACAGGGUCCACCGGGAGCGCUCCCAGGAGUGUCCGUUUCGCACUCCACGUCCAUCGCCACCUCGGUGCACAAUCGACCGAUCGCUAUAAGCCAUAGUGGUUCGGUUUCGACAAAUGGAAAUACGGAUGCUGGUUCGGGUGCUUCUGCCGGCUCGUCACACCAUGGAUCCGUGACGGCCGAGAGUGCUUCCAGUGCGAGGCGCAAAACUGGAUUUGCCAAAGCGCCACAGUUGAGCAAACGAUGGAGCAAAUUUUUCAAAAAGCUUGGUUAAGUUUGGAGAAUUGCAGAGAGAGAGAGAGAGAGCAGAACAAGAUGAAAUUGCGUUAAAUAAGAAAAUAAAACCCUUCUUUUUGGGGAAAUAAAACAUACUUGAUACUUGAUCGUUGAUCUGUCA